GGCGGGGUGCGCGCCAUGGCGCUAUUUUAGAUUGCGAUAAAAGCGGGAGAUUCCGUGAGGCUUGCCCUAUAGUAGUGAACACGGUCUAAAUCCGCGGCCAUACUCUCUGUACACCCAGUCCUCAGCCAUGUCUCUUGAGCGAGCCGUCAGGGCUAAGUUGGCCGGCAAGCGUGACCCCGAGCAAGAGAAGGAGGCUCUAGAAUGGAUCGAAGCUGUCCUGGGGAAGAAGUUCCCGGCCGGCGAAGAGUACGAGGACAUCCUGCGUGACGGGCAGGUCCUGUGUGAGGUCAUGAACAAAUUGCUUCCUGGCGCUAUCAAGAAGAUCAACACUUCAGGCGGAGACUUCAAACUGAUGGAGAACAUCAACAAUUUCCAGAAGGCCAUGAAGGACUAUGGAGUGCCAGAUUUGGAUGUAUUUCAGACUGUUGAUUUGUACAACAAGAAAGAUAUCGCCCAAGUCACCACCACUCUGUUCGCUCUUGGAAGGACGACGUACAAUCACCCGGAGUGGCCCGGACCAUGGCUGGGUCCUCGCCCUGCAGAAGAGCACAAGAGGAACUUCACAGAAGAGCAGCUGAAGGCUGGGCAGACCAUCAUAGGGCUGCAGGCCGGCCAAAACAAGGGCGCCUCCCAGGCAGGCCAGAAUAUGGGCGCAGGCCGCAAGAUCAUCAUUGGAAAGUGAAUGCGUCAUCAGUUCCCAUACAAUAUUGCAUGCAAUUUUUAUACUACCCUCUAUUACCUUUCUCCUACACUAGACCAUUGAUUCAUUCCCCUCAAGUAUUUUGUUGUACCAUGACUUUGACCAAGUUUAGUUAGUACUUGUGGAAUUGUGAUUGUGUUAGGUUAGUUGAAUCUUUGGAAAUUAUCUGUCUCACAUUUUAUACAAUUAUUUAUUCAUAUCAAAACAAAUAUAUAUUUUUUAUUACUUAAA